AUGUUGUUAAUGGGGUUAGUGAUUUGAAUUUAAGUCUUUAUAGUUAAGAAUAAAUAAAAUAUAUGAAAAGCGGGAAUAGAAGAAAAAUUAUUAAAGAAAUUUAAAUCUUAUUUAAUAAAUCAGAUUCAAAAGUAUAAUGUUUGAGUUAUUGUAUUAGUGUAAAGGUUUUUAGGAUAUUAGGAUCAAAGCAAACCCUCAUAAAAUGGACUUCAUAUUGCUGAUUUAGAGGAAGGUAUAACAGAGGAGUAAUUGUUUGUUGAGUUUCGAAAAUUUGGAUAGAUUAGUUUUGUAAAAUUGCAUAGGUAUGAAAAUGAAUAGAUUGUAUAGAUAUCCAUUCAUAGGGAAAUCGAAGCAUUAUGCUUUUAUAUAUUUUUCAUCAUAAGAAGAAGCUCGUAAAGCAAAAGAAGCAAUGAAUUAUAAAUAGCUCUUAAGAGAGCCAAUGCGUAUUACUUAUAUAUAAGAAUACGAGAAGGAUGCAAACUUAUUCUUUGCAGGAUUUGAAUUGACAAUAACAUUAAAGUAACUUGAAGAAUUCUUUUUAAAGUGGGGUCAAGUAGUAAGUGUGAAAUUAUCAACAGAUGAAAGUAAGAAGAGUCGAGGUAGAAAUUAUAUAUAAAAAGUUAAGGUUAUGGAUGGGUAUAAUUUGAGAAGAAGGAAUAAGCUGAUGCAUUAUUGGCAGAGUGUACAGAUGGAACAAUUCAAUAUAAUGAGAAAACAAAGAUUAUAAUAAAGAGAUUUGUAAAGAAGGGUACAACAGAUAGAGAAGAUAAAAGAAAUAAUCUUUAUAUAAAGAACUUUUGGCCAUCAUUAGAAGGUUAAGAUUUAGAAAAUGCAGAAGUUCGUGAAUAAUUAGUAAAAAUUAGAAUAAUUAAUUAUUGUAGGAAAAAGAAAUGAGAGCAAAAUUGGAUGAAUGGUUUAAGGGUUAUGGUUCAAUUGUAUCAAUUUUAGUCAAAAUUGAUGUUGAAAGAAAAGCACCAUUUGCUUUUGUUAGUUUUAAUAAACAUUAAGAUGCUAAAGAAGCUUAAAGAACUUUAGGAACAACUUAAAAAAAAGAUCCAUUAAAUACAGGUAGAAUGAUGUAUGUUGGAUGGGCUUAAACUAAGAUUGAUAGAAAAUAAUAAAGAGAGAAUAAUAUAUUUGCUAGAUAUAUUUAUGCUGAUCAUCUAUCAAGAAAUGUUACUGAAGAUAUGAUUAGAACUACUCUUAAAGAAUGUGGUUAUGGUGAUAUUUAAAUGGUAAUUUUAUUAAUCUUAUUGUUUACUUAGAUUAGAUUAGAAAAAAUGUAAUAAGGCUUCUAAUAAAUUAUCAGAAUUGGAUAUAUCGUUUUUGAAUAAGCUUCAGAUGCUAAUAAAUUGGUUAAGAAUUUUAAAGAAAAUGAAAAAUUUGAAGAAAUUAAAAAGUUGUUUGAUCCAAAUGUUGAUACUGCUGGUGGUAAAUACUUUUAACAUCUAUUUCCUUAAUAAUCUUAAUAGAGAGGAUAAAGAAGAAAUAAUUAAAGAUAAUCCCCAAAUAGAAGAAUUUAUUCUAUGCCUUAAGGUCCUAAUCCAUUUGGUUAAAGAAUGCCUUUCCCUCCUUAUUAAAUGUAAUAAAGAAUGUAGGGUCCUGGAGGUAGAAGACCUUUUCCUUAAUAAAUCCCUGGAUUCCCUUAACCUAUUAGACCUAAUCUCCCACCUCCUGUUUAAUAAGUUGAUACUCAAUAAUAAAUUCCUUCUCAAAUUAUUCCUUUCAAUUAAAGAUAAGAUUUAUUAGAUUUGAUGGCCAAUAUAGAUUCCUUCAAAGCUAAACCUUAAGAAGAUUAACUCAGAUAAAUUUAGUAAUUUAUUUCCAUUAAUAUUUUAGACAAAUGCUCUACUAUAGAAUUAAGGCUAAACUUAAUACUGAUACAGAAGCACAUUGGAAGAGAAUUAGUGAAAUCUUAUCAGAUCCAACAAAUUACUCUAUUGAAGAAAUCAUUGAUAUGUUUAAAGAUGAAGAGCUCUUCAAUUCUUUCGUAGAUGAAGCCAUUGAAUAAUUAAAAGAAGCAUCAUGUUGGUGAUCAUUUAUUGUUCAUUAAAUAAAUAUUAAUAAUAUCGAUUAAUAUAUAGAUAAUCAAAUCCAUUCAGUUUGCACUUAAAAUUAUAUUAUUUAUUGGAAUGAACACUAAUUUUAUAAAGUAUCCCACAGCUCCCAUCACUGCAAAUCCAAUA